AUGAUACCAGAAAAACCCCUGCCAUUCAAUGGCAACUUCUCAUCGCCAGAGGAAUAUAUCGAUGAGCUUCUGAAAUUUGUGCGGACAUCUGAGACUUUUCAGAUUCUCUGCGGCGGCGUCCAUAUCCUCGACUUUUUCACUAUCGAACCUGGCCUCUUUCACUAUGCCAUUCCCACAGAGUGGCACGCAUUCAUUCUCUCAAGAAGUCUCAUGCAGUUUCUUGACCUUCUCAUGCGGGAUGAUUUAGACAAUCUAAAGCUGGAAGGAGAGCAGCCACCAGCGAGCCUUAUAGAUUACAUUCAAACAGUCCGUAAUCUUUCUCUCGGCCGAUCAUUUACGCCCCCUUCAGAGAAACUGCCGGUUCUGCCACGGUCGGUGGCUGUGGGCAUGAACGUCAAAAAGACCCAUGAAGUCACCAACUUCGCGGACUACUUAGCCCGACUAUCAGGAGACAUAAGUUCGCAGUGCGGCUACGAGAUAUCCCACUACGUGGACUUCGGUAGCGGCCAAAACUAUCUGGGCCGGGCCAUGGCAAGUGAGCCUUAUAAUAGGCAUGUUGUAGCUGUCGAGGGACGAGAGAACAACGUCACGGCAGCGAGAGGUCUAGAUGUGACUUCUGGAUUAGCCGUUAAGCCCAAGGUCAUGAGGAAUAAGAAGCUAUGGACGAAGAUUUUAGAAGCGCGGGGGCCUGAUGGUCAAGAGGACCCAGAAGCCUUGGCCAAGGCUAUUCGCGAGGUUGCAGGAGAUGAAGCUUUUGAGUUUAGACCCGUCAAAGAACUCGAAGCUGAAUAUACUGUGGAAAAAGGUAAGGGGUCUGUUCAGUACAUAUCAGGCCGACUAGAAACUGGCGACCUGGCCGACGUUAUCGCCCAAAUCAACCCUGGGAGUCAAACCGAAGACGAGAAGAAGGACCUAAGCCUGAUGGCUAUGUCAAUCCAUUCUUGCGGAAAUCUGUCACACUUUGGAAUUAGGUCUCUGGUUCUCAACCCGGACAUUCGAGCUGUGGCCAUCGUUGGGUGCUGUUACAACCUGAUGACCGAGAAACUCGGUCCUCCAACAUACAAGCACGCCUUCUUGAGGCCAACUCUCCAAGCUGUCAAUGGUCGGCUCGUUCGGGAAUCAGAAAAGCAUGACCCUCAGGGAUUCCCGAUGAGCCAGAAGUUUUCUGCGUAUCAGGGAGAUGGGGUGCGAUUGAAUAUCACAGCCCGCAUGAUGGCUUGCCAAGCACCGCAGAACUGGACCGAGAAGGAGAGUGCUGGCUUCUUCUCUCGACAUUUCUACCGAGCAGUCUUGCAAAAGAUGUUCCUUGAUCGAGGCGUGGUGAAGAAAGUGCGGCAUACAGGUAGCCAAGAAGAAUCACAGGCGGAUACUGCAGCCUCAACCCAGGAUGAUAGUGAGAGCCCCUUCGACAUCAGCACCAAUCCAGUCAUCAUUGGAUCACUCAGGAAAAGUUGCUACGGGUCGUUCAAGUCCUAUGUCCGCGGUGCGGUGGAGAAACUCACGACAAACAACGAGUACAAACAGUAUGCAGACGUGAUACAGGAGAAAAUGGGCGACAUCUCAGACGAGGAGAUCCAGAGAUACGAGGCAUUGUAUCUGCCUCGGAAAAAGGAGCUAUGUGCUGUCUGGAGCCUCAUGGCAUUCAGUGCGAUGGCAGUCGAAUCCCUUAUUGUAUCAGACCGGUGGACAUUUCUGAAAGAACACGACGAUCUCGUCCGUCACGCGUGGGUCGAGACGGUGUUUGACUAUGAACAAAGCCCAAGAAACCUGGUUGUUGUUGGGGUUAAGCGAUGA